GAACUUGAUACAGAUGGUAUCUGGUGCAUGAUCCCGAAGCAGUUUCCAGACACUUUCAAUUACGACUUAGAUAGUUACAGAAGUUUUGGCAUAUGCACUACUGCAACUUCCACGUCAUACUUUUUGUAAAGUUGGUUGGGUCUUCUAGUAUUGCGUCUUUCGCAUUCUAAUUUUGAUUCAAGAUGAAGAAGUCCUUGCCCUUCUUCGUCUUCCACGUCAUACUUUUUGACUGCAGUUUUCAAUAGCAUACAAGCUCAAUAUCUACUCGCACUUCUUCGCCCACGGGCUACAGCUAGAAACAGCCCGCGGGUUAACCAGUGAGCUUCACACUCUAAUAGUGAUUCAAGACGAAGAAGGGCAAGGAGCUGAAAAUGACGUAUCCAAACUCUGUCCUCAAUUUGCGAGUUGACCAGAAGUACGCCAACCACCAGUACCAGACAGGCAACGACUACUUAAGUUUUACCACAUUUCAUACCAAAUAUCAGGCUUAUCAUGAGUAGUGUGGAGUAGUUCUAAAUGCGCAUUACAUGCUCCACAUUGCUCCAUUCUCCGUGGCUUGUUUUCCACUAGGAAAGAGCUCACGAAAGAUGGGCCUCAGGAGUGUAAUGUUGUUGGAAUCGUUAAACUCCUACGUAAACAAGCAGGGAGAGAAGUGCGAGGCGACAGAGCCAGGCGCUGUUAAGACGACUGACUGGACCAAAUCCAAAGAGAACUCGAUUCUGUUUGAAGUCGACGGUCCCUACAAAUGCAUGUGCUUGCCGGCAUCCGUGGACGAAGACCGCAUGUUGAAGAAGCGAUAUUGCGUGUGGGAAGAUGACGAUUCUAUCGCAGAGUUGAAGGGUUUUGAGAUGAAGCGGCGCGGAGAGCUCAGGCUAAUUCAGGUAGAUCAACACAAUUCGUUUAAUAACGAGAGAGAUACGGAAUACUGAUCAGGGCAACUGACCAUGACCAUGAGAGAGAUGAACUUGCUUGCCGAAAAGAUUUAAAGGCAGUGUGGCAAAUAGCUCAAAAUCUUUGUAGUUGCCUGAAGAACUUUUCAUUGCCUCGACAACUAGAAGAAGUACUUUGAUGAUCUCCUCGUUUACAGGUCUUUCAAGAAGAGCUCUUCGAAUCCGGCGCUUUUUUACGAGGCAGUGAUCGUGCAGGCGUGUGGCAAGACUUGGGAAAAUUAAGGCUUCCCUUAAUCCAUCUUCGGAAGCAUCCGCGCGAGGCACUUCAAGGGAAAAGGCGCCCGGGAUGCACCAUCUUAAGAUGGAGGACUCGGACGAGCUCUAAGAAAAGUGGCGAACCGUUGGGUUGAUGUCCUUGACAGUCGAGGCGCAAGCUUGACGGACGCUGACUUAAUCCACCUAAUCUCAGAAAGGAAGUCGAUGAGUAAAUCAGUGAACGACACACCCACAACGCAGAAAAGCGUGCAGGUACUACUUACACGCGUGAUUGAGCUUCUUUUGAACGACAUUUCGUAGGGUUAGUAGUUGUCUCUAUGUGUAUUCAAACGCUAAACAUCAGUUAAAGUUUGUUGAUCAUGAAAGUUUUAUUCGAUGUUUGAUGAAGGAAAUCCUCGUCAUUUUCUUUCCUCUGCUCACGUAUUUCGUGAGCUCAAGAAUUGUGUGCUUCUCUUCAAACCAGGUAAGCUGUGCAAAGCGACUCGCGUGUAUUUUGGGGAAUGAGAUUUUAGAUGAUGCAGGACUGUCAUGUCACUUAGUCAUUGCCGAGAGACCAAAGGGUAGCCCCGUGACGCAGCGCGCGAUUCCUGUGAAGGUGUUCUCGGUUGACGAGUCCGCAAAGCGUGCGUAUCUGCGCGAGUGGCUCGGAGACAAGAACAUGACGAGCUUCGACAUGCGCGCAGUCAUCGACUGGGCGUAUUAUAAUUGAGGCUGUAGCUAAUUCAUCUUUGACUGCAUCCUCGAAACGUAUGGGGAAGUAUUGCAGGGGAAUCCUUUGCCAUACUUUUCAAGGAUGCACCUGAAAGAUGAAUCGCGGAGAGCUCUAAUAUAAGGAGCGACUGGGGUCCUCAAUUCAAAAAAUCAUCUGUAUUCCAUUAAGGCCCCGACUUCAUUGGUCACUGAGAGUGGUCACAGAUAUCGAGGAGGCGCCCGCCUGAGAAAACAGGGGAUAUCUACGAGAAAACAAGUGUAGAGUCGCCCUUCAGAAUCAGUGGAGCCCUUUCCCUUCCAAUGACUGAAUGACCAAUGACUUUCGACCUUUAAUUUCAGCAGUGAUGCAGCGGUUUCCAAAUCCGGUUCCGCGAAUUCCAGUGCCCGAAUGGCUGGCGAAGCGCGAGAAGCAGUGGAACCAGCAAGGGAAACAGUCAAGUAUCUUGGACUGGUGCAUGCCGGAGACUGCGGCCGAAGUGGCAGCGCCACUGAAGCGCGCUCGAUCUGGAGACGAUAUGGAGGACUGCGUUGGACGCUUCGGCGCCAAAUCGGACCUAUAUCAUACCUCCUCCGGUCCGGUCAAGGUAGCGCGCCGCUACGUGCCGAAGCCAAGAGACGCUGAUGGCAAUGACUUCUUUGGUGACUAUGCGGAAGCACCAGAAGCUAUUCUCGCGCAGAAGCAAGCAGAAUAUGGUAUGAUCUGAAUAUAAGUAACUAUUUUUCGCAGAAGUAGAUGAAAAGAUCAUCAAGAGCUGGCUCUGAUUGGGCAUUGAUAUGUGAAUUAGCACUCUGACUACUCGAACAUCUUCUACUCCAUCAGGUAGUAGUGCCGAUUCGAUCUAGUCGAACAUCACAAUUUGUUUUGUUUCUCCCUGUUGUAUUGUCUACACCAAAAAUGAUAAUCAGGAGUGAUUUAUUUGAACCACAAUUCUAGAGAAGUAAACUCUUAAAUUUUGUCUAUGGUCUACCUGCUUACUUAAACCACAACUCUAGCCGAAUCGUUGAUGAAGCAGAAUAUGGGCAUCAUCGAUGCACCGAAAGUUUGCGAAGAGCCUAAGCGGAUUCCCUACAGCGACACUGUCUACUGGAACGAGCAACGACUGAACGCGUCGCAAUGGCGAAUCGUUUGUGUGGAGUCAGCGGAGGACCGUGAAGGCAACGAAACGCGAGAAGGCGACGAAGUUUGGUGCCUCCGGAAUGUCGGGCCGCUUGAGGCUGGACAAGAGGAGCCGAGCUGGGAGUCGGAGAGGGCAGUUGUGGUAUCGUUUUACAGGAAUUACACGGUUGGCGGCUCUUCCGCGUCCGCCGCGCCGCAGCAGCCAGCGGCGGGGAUCAGUCUUUUCGGGGGCGUCGCAACGAUGGGCGCUCCUGCGGAGGUGGCAGAAGCAGCAUCCCAACUUGAUAGCAGUAAGCCGAAACAGCAGGAGCCGCUUGUGGAGCAGCGAGUGACAGUGCGUUUCGUGAACGAUGGCACACAGCAAACUGUGCCGUACUCGUGGUUGGCGGGUGGCGCAAACAGCGGUCUCCUCACCGUUUGGUGUGUGAGCGACAUCCGCGAACACGGCUUGUUCAAGUGCCAGGUUGAGAUGAAGCGGCCGGUCCGUUUCGGCGUGCCCAACGCAGACUACGCAAAAGAGGUCUCAAAGGAAAACCUGAAGCCUCUGCGCUUUGCGAACGCGCAAGUCGGAAACACAGUGCGACCCUUGGACAUAGUAAGGGAUGGCAACAAGGAAGGCCGAAUUCGCGAAGUCGUGGCAGAGCGGCCGCUGGACUACGAUGCCCUGUUUCCUGAGAUGAACGGCGUCUUUCGGCCCUUCGUGAAGGUGAAGUGGAGCCAUUUCGUCGAGAACACGCUUUUGGUGAAAACUGAAGAUGUUCUUUUUGUCGACGAGAAUGCACCCGAUUUUCUGCCCGUGCACCUAGCGUCGAAUGCGAAGCCCGUGAAGAUGCGGCCGCCGCGCAAUCAGGCGUUCAAGUGCGACAAGACCGGCGAAAGCUUGGUCCUGCAAACGAUGGUUCCAGAAACCGAGUUCCAGACUAAGAAGAGCGAGGACGCGCUCAAUGAAAUGCUUUCGCGAGAACAGGUAGAGUCUGAGAAAGUGUACGAGGCAGAAGAACCUCUAGACUUCAAGUUCAUUUCGCAAGUCGGCAGCAGAAUCAACGUACCCUGUGAUCGUCUGACGGAUGCGCAGAGGCGCUAUUUGCGAUUCAAAGUGACCGAUCUUUCUGUGUUACCGCCGAAUGACGGUGAGGAAAUAGCGUUGGACAAUGGAAUCGCUGGAAAUCUAGCCCGGUUGCGGAGUGAGGAAACAAUCGCGUACAGCAGCUCGCGUCACGCUUUUCUCUUCGUUUCGGUCGAGAAAGGGAAGUUAUGCAUAGGGACGAAUAGAUGGAAGCCAGAAGGAAAAAAUAGCACAGUGUUUGUUUCUCUUUGUCGUGCUCUUGGUACAAAGAGAAGAGAAAGUUGGUGCGUCGGCAAAAGCAAACAAAUCGCAGGAAAUGUUUCGUCUUCCCAAUGAUUCUCCAUGGUCAUCUGAGACGCAAUGAUGAUGAUGAUAAUAGAAGGUUUCCAAUAAUACAUAUCUCUAUCUAAAAAAGGACGGCAACCCUAAGCAGUCUGCGGAAGACGACGAUGCACCAGUGAGCACUAAGAAGAUGCAACGCGCAGUUUUCGGGUGCUAUGCACCUUUAAGGUCAGACUUUAUCCAUCUUUCUCGGCAUCUCGGUGCCCUUUUGUUUCCCUUGUAUUCUUUUGAGGGGAAAUAUAGUGGUCGAGAUGAGGGGAUCGAGAUGGAUAAAAGCCGGCGCUAACACCUAGCUGCAAUCAUGCUUCAAUGGUCAUCUGCGGCCCCGCACCGACUGAAGAGGAAACUACAGAUGAGCUGCGAGACGAGCUGUACAACAAGAUACUCGAGACGCACAUGAAGUAUUUGGCCCAUGAUGGCGUCUGUCACGAGGCGCUGCUCGAAACGAUGGAGGCGGUCGUCGUCUUCGUGAGCGAUUGGGAAGAGCUGAGCUCCGAGGCCACGAGUGUUUUGGAGCAGCUGCGCGAGGUCACUGGAGAAAUGAUCUACGUCCUCAGCUCCAACGUGGACUUGAAGGAACUUCGCGGGUUAGGCGUCGUUGCGUCUAACGUAGCGGUCCUGCCUCUGCGCAAGAAGGAAAAGAAAGCCGGUCGUAGCAUCAAACAGAUUCCGUGUUUGCGUAAAGCGCCGAUCGCCUUUAGUGCGCUCAAAAAGGAUGACAGCGUCUUUCCCCCGGUGACAGAGGACAUGGGCGCGUGGGCCAUCAAACGCUUCUCGAGGUCGGUCAAGAAGCGGCACUUGUGGUGGCUAUCGCAACUGUCCUUUGCGCGCUUUGCCAAUCUUCCGGUCUGUAACCUGUCUCAGUCCUCGACCCCCGGCUUAGACAGCGCGAGCACGAAGCGCUUCACGUGGGACGUCUUGUAUAACCGGUGCUUGAAGAAGAAGGAGCUGCUUACGUGGGCCUCGCGUCGGCCCUACCCUGAUGUGGGAAACUACGCUCUGAGCAACGACGAUAUUGCAGAAUUCAACGCGAAUACACUGAAGCGGCUUUUGCCGUUGUCGGCUGCAGCGGCCGAAGAGCAGAGAGACGCGCGCGCAGCCUCGAUGCGGCUCACAGGUCUGGACGAGAUCGAAGAGGAGAACCAUCCAGGUUUUUACCGAUCGGUUUGUCUUACAGUCAAGCUGCACAACGUUCUGAUAAGUUGCGGCGUCGCCAACGCCGUAGAGAUCGCAGACGAGUUCAACAGCGAGAUCUCCCUUUACCGCAAGCAGCGGCAAGAACAGAAACAGGAGAUCCUGGAACACACGGAGGAGUGCGGCAUCCCGGCGAUGGAGGCGCUGGUUGCGACUGCACGGCAGCUGAUCUGGAAGGCAGAGGUGCAGCAGACCUCUGCGCGCACUGUUCGUGGUGACCUUCUCGGGACCAAGAAGAGUUUCAUCGAAAUCAUCAAAGAGUUCAUGAUGUUAAGGCUGUCGCAGAUGCAUCCUGCACGCCAUCCUUGACCUCUUCUGCAGCUAGACAAAAGGGCCAAGUAUGCGUCCAGGGAUGCAACUGUGAUACUUCUAAAGAUGAAAAACAAAUUUGAAGAGGAUAAUUUCCUGCGGUAUCAGGAGUAUUUGCGGACAAAGCCGGCGAGGAUCAAAAAGGAGAAAGAGAGGAAGCGGGCAGCAGCUGCGGCGGGUGCAAGCAGCGGUAGCAAACCGCGACUUUUACCGCGCGAGGACGAGCCAGAGGGCGUCAAGCAGGGCGGAAACUAUCAGGUUGGCGGUAGCUCGAGCUCUACCUCCAAAAGGCGGCGUGAUGACGACGAUGCCAUGGAAAUUGUAGAUGAGGACGGACAGCCCGUGAGUAGCCAAGUAGUGUGUGACCGCGAUGGCAAUGAUAUGAUUGUCGACGACGAGGAGCCUGGAGGUGGUGGCGACGAUGCGGUCGAUGAGAAUGGAAAUCCGACUGGACGACUUAUGCGACCAAGGGAUCAUGAUGAGGUGGACGAAGAUGCCGCAGCUGUCUUCCUAGAUCCAGACCUCCUGGCUGAAAUGGAGGCCUACGACAAGGAGUUUGACAUCACGGAGAGUAAUUUGAGUGAGAUUGUGGCGAAGUUGCUGGAGGAACCAGAAGUGGUCGCAGACCUGCCUGUGGCUUCGCUGCAGUCGAUGCUCCGACUGGCCAAUCUCGAACGCGACGGUGAGAGCGUGUCGUCCUUGAUGGAAUACCUCUACUCAUGGCUGUGCUCGCCGCGCAGCUACCUGUACGAUCCGGCGUUGCUGAAACGCGUGAAUGCAUACGCACAGAAGGGCUUUGAGCUGUUUUUGCGAGAGCUGCGCUUAAACAAGUGCGAGGUUGUUUAUGCAAACGGCACGAAGAUUGUCAUUGCAACCGGCAGGCUAAGCUUCCAAGAAGCCAUGGUGACCUUUGAGCAGGUGCGACAAGGCGUAAUUCAGGAUCCUCUGCUGCGGAUGCUGGAGUGCUCGCUGGUCCCCGAGUGCGUCUCCGAGGCCUUCUUCGGACUCAUGUGGUACGAUCCCAAUAAUUUCUUGGGUUUCGCGAUUCCCAUCGGCAGCGACGAAAUACAGGACCGCGAGCGGGGACAGCCUCUGCUGGAGUCGGCCGAGUUUCACUUGCUUGCCGGGCAGCAGCUACCAGAGUUCGUGCGAGGCUCGCUUUUCCUCUUCUUGCAUCAGUACAUUGAGUGCGCGAUGCAGAUGGCACACGAUCGCAAGUCGCAACAUAUGAAACGAAAAAGUGGAUUCGAAAUCCUAAAAUAAGCAAGUAAAUUGUAGGAUAGUACUUUAUUUCAAUUUUUCUAAUACUCCGAUACUCAAGAUGAAGUGAGGCAGUUAUUUACCACUUGAAUCCCACUUCUUUAAGUAGUUCUUGAGUACAAUGACUACAUUUUUUCCUUUCAUACAACAAGUGACGCGCGGCGUUGGCAACAACCUUACGUCGGAUGCAUUGGUUAUGGCUCACCCUUAUCCAUCUUCGGAAGCAUCGGUCUUAGAGACGUUUCUAUUCAAGGGGAAAGAAACGGUCUCAGGAUGAACUUCGAGAUGGAUUAGGGUGAGCUCUAAAUUGGACGAGGAAAUGGUGGAAAGGUUGGGAAAAUUUCUCGACGCCACUUUGUCCCGCCACGUCCUCAAAUUCCUCAAAGAUCUACCCCAUAGCCGAUCAGUAGACUUGCAGCGCGAGCGACAUGCGGAAGGGCAAAUUUACGAGCUGGAGCGCGGUCUUGACUUGGGGAAGAACGACAGUGACGACAGCGACGACGAAGCACGCGGGAUUGCGCGUGGACAGGAACUCCUGGAGAUCCAGGAAAAACAGAAGGUGCUCGAGGAGCUGCAAAGAAAAUGGAAUUUCUCGGAUGUGCCUCCUCCAGCGCGCCAGUGGCGGGCGGUCGGUCUCGAGUGGGCGCAGACACUAGUCACUUUCCUCAAGCUAGAGCCAAAGUUGAGCGAAAGCUGCGACAAGCUGUUCCAGACAGCGCUUUUGCAGGUGCUCAAAAUUGACGAACCGCACAUCAUGCGGGAAGUAUGGAGACCCAACUACAUGUCAAUCAAAAUUCCGCACUGCGAAUGCCCUAGAUGCAGCGUCGUUUACGACGUCGACGUUGUCACUUAUGGCUGCUUUUCUUGAUAAUUCAUUCCCACAACCUCUUACCAGCACUUGAACGAAAUUCUAUUUGCACUGGUGUGAUAAAGGACUUUAACCUAUUUAUUUUCUGGCAUAAUGUUUCGCACGCUCCUUUCCUUCAUGGAGGAAACAAAUGCGCUUUGGGAAUUUUUGCCCUUAUUUGCUGAGUCAAAAAACUAUUUUGAAGAUGAACCAUCAAUGAGUUUGAAGACGAACCAUUAGCGAAUUCUCUAACUCAGAAAUCCAUUCGACAAGUCUGGUGGGGAGACGGUGUGGACGUGCUUGGCUUGUGUUGACGGCGAGUUUCCGCGCUCAGUGAUGGAGCUGCGACUCGUCGACCUAGUGCACAAGACCAUUCAGGCGUACCAGUCGCAAAGCAUCAUCUGCAACAACUGCCGUAAGCUUAAGGACGACCACAUGUACGAAUAUUGUCCCUAUUGCAGCAGCAAGCUGUCAUCACCGGCGGCCGUGGAUGACGUGCGACGCAUCUUCCACAGCAUCGAGAUCAUUGCGCACAAGCACGCGCUGCAGAACCUCCUAGGAACGAUCCAAUUCUACAGACCCUUUCUCUAGUAGGUCUGUGAAAUACUACAACAAGUGUUUAUUGUCCCGCAAUUAUCAUGAUGAUUUUUAUUCACAUAACAAAAAUUCCACUCUAUAUAGAUUCGCAGCAGUACAUAUUUACACGGAAAGUGUCUGUCUGUUACUCGUUUUCCGCUUACAACCUUCGUGCAUGAGAAUUCUUCUUCUAUUUACGCGACCACUGGAAAACCUUUAUUCCGAAUCACGCAUCCAACAAAAACUGGACUCUCUUCAAAAAUUGGGGAGUGUCUGAGGGAAAUACAAGAAUACCAACUGUCGACUCCACUCUCGGCAUUGAAGAUCGUGUGUACGCUUGUACUUUGCUGUUCGGAAUAAGGGUCAUCUUCUGUUCCUGUG